AUGUCUUCUUCUGACACUCGUAUACUCAUCCACGAUGACCACUCCGACCACCACAAUUUCACAACGGAGAAAGAUACCCCACUGCUUGGAACACAUUUAUCGCCUCCUCCAUCUACCCACCGCUCGCUGGCAUUUUGGCUCAUCCUUUAUUUUUGUUUCAACCUGGGACUGACCCUGUACAAUAAGGGUGUCCUCAUCCACUUUCCUUUUCCAUACACGCUCACUGCACUGCACGCUUUCUGUGGCACCGUCGGAGGGCUCACAUUGCUGAAGAAUGGUACAUUCAUACCCGCCAAACUCUCUGACACCGACAACUUAGCGCUUGUGGCGUUUAGUGUAUUGUACACUAUCAACAUCGCCGUCAGCAAUAUAUCUCUUCAUAUGGUCACUGUUCCAUUUCAUCAAGUAGUCCGCGCAGCCACGCCGAUUUUUACAAUUCUGUUGUCGAUGUUCUUAUUUGGCACCCGGAGUAGUAGCCACAAAAUGGCAUCUCUGGUCCCUGUCAUCGCUGGCGUCGGUUUUGCGACAUACGGAGACUAUUCGUACACAACGACUGGACUCCUUUUGACCGUACUGGGAACAGUACUAGCCGCCAUUAAGACCAUCUAUACUUCCAUCCUACAGUCGACACCGUCAAUAUCCUCUCCGCAGCCACGCGUAAAUUAUGUCGUUCCACCACGGCUACAAUUGCAUCCACUUGACCUGUUAACGCGGAUGGCGCCGCUCGCAUUCAUUCAGUGCGUUGUUCUCGCAUACUUUACGGGGGAAUUAUCUCGCGUGCACACAUGGAGUUUGCACGAGAUGACGCCCAUCAAAGCGGCACUCCUUGGGGUGAAUGGCAUGAUUGCAUUUGGUCUUAAUAUUGUGAGUUUUACGGCGAAUAGGGCAGCAGGCCCUUUGAGUAUGACUGUUGCUGCCAACGUCAAACAAGUACUCUCUGUGUUUCUUGCGGUCAUUUUAUUCAAGCUCACAAUAACGCCAACAAACGCGCUUGGCAUCCUUCUCACGCUCGCUGGUGGAAUGUGGUACGCGACCGUUGAAUAUCAGGAAAAGCGAGGUAGAUGGAGGAAGUAG